GAACUUGGAAAAGUAUAAAUCUCAAUCGAAAGUCAAUGAGUAGUUACUGAAGUUGAAUAUAGCUAAGUAUGAAGCUCACGAUCGUGUAUUUUUCAACAGUAUUGAUCGCGUUUCAUCCGGUGAUAGCGUCUCAUUCGCUGCCUCCGGAUAUAUCUCAGAUUAUGAGAGAUGUCGAAGAAAUUAUGAAAACCGGCUCCGAAAAUGAUUACAAAAAUUCGACAAUUUUAGCAGAAGUUGAUAAAUACAACAAACUAAUAAUUCUGCAAAAAACGAAAUCGGACGUAAAACUUCACUUUCAGCGUCUGGCAGAUCUCAUUAUUGGCCACCUCAGUGAAAUAUUAACACUAAGAACAAAUACAACGAAAUAUAUCGCUAAAAUGAUGUACGAUAUUGAUACCUUGCGUUAUUCGAUUAAGAAAUCGUUAGCAAAGGAAAAUAAUCCGGAAACAACGGAAGAAUUAUUACGUUCGGUCGAGAAUGAAGAACUGAAAAAUGAACAGAAAAAAUUACUAAAACAAAUGAGAAUCCUGGAACAUGAAUUGUUAUUCCCGUUUCAUCGCAAAUGUAUGGCAUCAUCGGAUCCCCGCGUCCUAUCGGAAGCGCUCAUCAGCGUAGCGAAAGCCUUCAACAAAUGUCCACAUGAAAAUUGCGCAGAAGUACCUCUACAAAUGAACUGGAAUAAAGACGUAAAUGAUGAAGAACCGUUGCUGAAAUUAGAUAUUGAUCGGGAGUGUGACGAAUUGGAGAAACUUCGCAGAUCUUCUUUAAUGGUGCAAGAUGAACUGAAUGAAAUGCCAAGAGCGAAUAAUGGUAGCUUGGAAGAUAACAUACAAUCGGGAUCCAAUACACCAGACUCAAUCUCCGAAAGUAUAACUGUACCACGUUGGCUUCACCAAGCAAAAGACAUUGAAGAAAUCCAACUGGCUUACGUUAGGUGUGCAAAUAUUCUCCAACUGACCCAUGAAGAGCCAGUGAAAGUACUGAAACAAGCGAUUAAGAAGGGCGGAUUUUCGAUGAACCUUUUCUGCAAAUUGACAGCAGAAAGUCAAAACUUCGCCACUAAAUUAGUAGAAUGCGAAUCGCAAGAGGAUGCCGAAUGUAUAGAAAUGAUAACCGAGAUGAGGGGUCUGUCAUAUUACAAAAAAGCCGCUCAAAUUUUCAUGACUGCGACUGAUCCAUAUUACUCGAGUAAUAUGGAUCAGUCGCAGUCAUGAAUUAAAUAACUGGACAAAAUGUCGAGGCAUCUAAUUUAAAAAUCCUUUGAAGUUUGAACGGUCAAAAAAGCACUCGCGAACAUUUCAAGAAAAAUUGCACAGAAGAUUGCCAAACGAGAGUGUCUUAUAAGUGGAAUAUUCAAAUGAAAAUUCAGAACUUUUGAAGGACUUUUUACAUAAAUAUUUCUGCAGUAGGGAACAGUGCUCCUCAGAUUUCAUCUUACUCCUAUCUCUUUAUGAAGGCAGAAGGUACCUUAAGAAUUGAGAAUGUUUUCAAGAUUUCAAGCUUCCCUGCCAUCUCAAAAUAGGUACCUAUACCUCUCAACAUUUGAGAGUGUUUCAGCCACCAUGUCAGUGAUACUAUAUAAUACGUUUAGAAUAAAGAGAACUGUAUCAAAA